AUGAAGCACUACAAUCCAGACAUCCAGACACCAAGUCUAGUGGGAGGCCAGGAGCCAGCAGUGAACCCCAAAGAAAAAGGCACUACCAGCAGGUGGAGGGAGACGGUCCUUCCCCUCUGCUGGGUCCGUCCAGCCCUGGGCUCCCCAGUGCCAGGCAGAGCCGGCCAUACUGGAGAGAACUCUCGCCCCAGUGCCCCUCCCACUUUCCGUUGGGCUCGGAAUGUUGGUCAGUUGGAGCCCACAGCCACCAGAGACAGCAGCACGGAGCUGUGCUGGCCCGCAGGAGCGCUGGGAGGAGGCAGCAUCUGGCCGAGCAGCACCGAGCCGGCACCGGCGCCUCGCUUCCCAUCCCCGCUGCCGCCGACUGGCCCGCGUCCUCGGUCCACGGCGAGGGUCCUCCUCUCCCGGGCAGGAUGGGCCAGGCCAACUGCUGCUGCGGCUCCAGGUGGGCUCUCCCUGUGCCUCGGGGGCACGGCCGGGACCCGCGGCAGCGGCGGCCUUUCUCAUGCCCGCCGCUCUCUGCUCUGCAGGGAGGCUCUCACCGAUGCCGAGCCGGUGCUGAGCACGGACGUGCGGCUGACCCGGGGCCGCAGGAGGAGCGAGAGACGCCUUCUCCUCCUCCAGGAGGAACUGGUGAUCGCCAAGUUGCAACGUGGCACCACCGUGCGCCCACAGCUCCGCCUGGCCCUGGACCAGCUGUGGGUGCUGAGUGGCGGAAAGGAGGCAGCGGGGGAGGAGAAAGAGGAGGAAGGCGGCGAUGAGGACAGGACCUCCAUCCUCCUCAUGUGGCCCAGCGGCUCCUGUGUUGCCACUUUCCCCUCCCGGGCGCUGAAGGAGCUGUGGGUGGGCACGCUGCUGGGGACACCAGAAGGAGCCAAGAGAGCCUGGGUGACGCCCGUCCCGUCAAUCAAACUCCUCAAGAAGGAGCUGAGCCGCCGCCACGCCUGGAGGACAUUCAGCGCCGGGAGCCUGGAGAGGCUGAUGGAGGGCCAGGCAGAGGCUGGUCCCAAGCAAGGGCCUCCGACGGUCCCGUCUAGCGACGGAGGGGCACUUUGCCACGCACCGGGUGAGUUUCGGGAAGAACGGUAACCUCCUGCAAGCGCUUGAGCUGCGCUCACUUGUCCCUCGAGUGUCGCCAUGCAGGUUGGGCAGCCCGAGGCAGGACGUCACCUGGAGGAGGAAGGACACCCGCUGGGCAGCGGCCGCUGGACGUGGUUCUGCGGGGACACGGAGCCUCUGCUGCUGCCCACAGCUUGGAGGAGGACAGGGCGAGGGCUGGGCCAGGCUCUCCUGGUGGCGUGCCGGCUCUCAGGAGCCUCCGAAGUGGAGCUGCUGAGCCGGAGCUCAGAGUUCCAGCUGCUGGCUCCCUGCCCGUCCUGCUGCACCGCUCAGCACCACGCUGCGGGCAGGGCAGGCCCCGGGAGCACUGGCCUGGCGGUCUCCGUUGACGGGCUCUUGCUCUGUUUUCCUUUGCAGCAGGAGGGAGCAGCAGCAGGAGGAGGAAGAGGAGGGGGCUGCCCUGGCCCUUUGCUCAUCGGAGGAGCCCGGCCGCUGCCCAGGCGCCAGG